UCCAAAAGCUAUGUAUACGUAUUUUGGCACAUAAAUAAAAUCAGAACAUAAGUAUCUUGAGUUCCUGUGCAUUUUUCCUAAUACUUAGCGAUUUGUCUACAGUGUGCACCGAAAGCGUCUCCGUCAGGCCAAUGUAAAGACCGAAAACGGAUAGUAUAUAAUACACGGGCUACGCUAAAAUGGCUGGUAUAAAGAACACCAAACAGUCAUCGAAAUUAGAACUACAAAGAUUGCUUAAGAUUAGCAUACUGGUUCUUGUAUUUUAUGUGGAGCCUAAUGCGGGCCGGAGCAUUGAUGCCCUAGAUGCAGACAACCUACGUGUAAAUGAAGGGGACAGCGCUGUCUUGCCCUGUUUCUACUCGCCAACCAACGCCAUUAUCGGCAAGUGGUAUUGGAAGACGAAUGGAAGUGUCAUUAUAAGAUCAGACGACCCAUCAGAUCCAAACUCAAGGUAUUUACUGAGUGACGCAACAUCCGGGAAUGUUAGCUUAGUUAUCAAAGAGGUGUUGCGAUGGGACAAGGGUACAUAUACAUGCGGAGUGAACGACCAGUCUACAGGAUCAACCGUUCCUCAUUCAGAUGACAGCAAAUUAACAGUAAACUAUCUGGAUAAUCCUAAAAUUCAGGCACUAACCGACACACGUAUACCUGAAGGUACGCGAGUAUCUAUGUCAUGUAAAGUUGUGUCGUCGUUUCCGAAAGUGAUUUUUCUCACGUGGUUCCUUGGUGGUGACGUCAUAGACAGUGCUUCUGGCAAAUAUAUUGUCAACGAUAAAAUAUUAGAAAUAAAAAAAUUUGACCAACGUGAUGCAGGGAACUAUAGUUGUAGAGCUGAAAACGAAUACUUUGUUGGAAAAAACGGAAAAUAUAGCAAAUCAAUUACAUUCAGUUUAAGAAAAAAAGAAGCAAGUCUGCCCUCGUCAUCCAGUUCUCAGCAUUGGAUAUUGUUCAUCAUUAUCCCCGUUCUCAUAACAUUCGUAGUUGUGUUAGCCAUGUGUUUCUUGAAGAAGCGUUCAAAAAUUAUACAUCGCUUUGAUGACUUCAUAAAUAACACGGUAAUCAAAAAGGAUCAGAAAAAUGAGAUAAAUGCAGAACGAGCACUGGAUGAUUUUGAAAUAAUGGCUUAUCUAAAAAGAUAUUUUGCAAAAUCAGAAUAUGAAGAAACUCUUGAUUUCGGAAACGAUAAAGAGAAAACGGUUGCAAGAGGAGAGUGCAUCAAGGCAUCCUUUGAAUCAAAUUAUAAUUCAGAUCAUGUAUGCUUCCAAGAAAUGGAGGGACACCAUAAUAGGUGUUGUACUCUAUUAUUACUAUCACGUACUUGGCCAGAAAACAUUUUAAGGAGACUUUAUCCCCCUGACGAAAAAUUGAAAGAUAAAAUAAAAGGGAACUGUAAUGUUAAUGACAGCCAUGGACCAGUCGAAUUUACGUUCAAAUUAAAGGGACUUAUUAAAAAAGGUGCAGCUGCAGAAGGAUACCUUAGAUUUAAAGACGUAACUGAUGACAUUGAAGGACAAUAUGUAUACUUAUUGCAGAUAAAACACGAGAAAUUUUCGUCUGGUGCGUUACAAAAAAUAAAACACACAUUUUUUGGAAAAACGUGCAUUCAACUCUCAAAUCCCGUUUACAGGAGCAACGUCGACAAGAAACAGUUCAUCAGUCCAAUUGGAAUUGUCCUCAGUGAUCAAGUGUAUGCAUUUGCGCUAAAAAUGGAAAAAGAAAAAAAAGAAGAACAAAGAGAAGAUAAAACAAUUUUACGCUAUAUUACGUGUGCAGGAAAACUUCAUUCUAAAGACAACAACAUUACUAUUAGAUGGAAUGAUUUUUCCAAAGUUUUACUGAAACCAGAAGAAGAGUUGUUGAGCUUGGUUGCACUACCAGGUCGGUAUCAUUCGUAUAUCUUCCUUGGAUUUAUAAAUGUAUCUAAAGACAGACGAUUGCUAGGGAAGGUGUUUUCUUUCCUGCCAGACGGAAGCUUUAAUUUAAUCAACAACUUCGUUGAGACAUUGGAAUCUAAGGGACCUGUUGAGAUUUUAAAAUUUGAUCCUCAUAGCGGCAAAAAGCUAUCAAAUGGACGAAUUAUUGUCGGUGGCUGGAUAAAGCGUGGAUAUCAGAAGGGAAAAAGAAUGGAUGAAUUAAAGUUUACUGGCUCUACGUCUUCUAGCGGUAAACUCGACGAUGUUGAAAACCAGGCACAUGGAUAUGAACCGUUUAUCAUGUGGACAGAUGACGAAAUUCAUUGGAAUUUAGGAGAAAAUCUGAAGAUUGAAGAAGCUGAGAAAAAUAUGCGGAUACAG